AUGGCGGAACUAGUCUCCGGCAUCGCAAAGCUCAAUCCUUUCUCCAAGAAAAGCGUCGACGAUGAAGAUAAGGGCGAGGCCAUUGAUGCGGGGACUGUGGCUGGUGGGGGCCAUGCCUCACGGGAAUCGCACACCACCAAAGACCAGCUCCGUGUGAGCAAAGGACUGCAGCACCAUAUCAUCGAGAAUAACAUCCUGCACAAGCCAAAAUCUGGCUCAGAAGCAGAAUGGGUCUCAGCAUUACGAGAGAUGCUUAGCAGGAACCACGUCAACAUUCCCCGGGAACUCCUCGACAGAAACCAUCCACUUCCCGAGUACUUCAUCAGUUCAUCGCACAACACAUACCUGAUGGCUCACCAACUCUAUGGCGAGUCUCAUGCACAGGCAUAUGAGAUUGCUCUUCACACUGGAUCGCGCUGCGUUGAGAUUGACGCUUGGGACAACGAUGAGAAUGCCGACGAACCCAAAGUCACUCAUGGCUACACACUCGUCUCUCACAUACCCUUCCGAGAGGUGUGUGAAACAAUCCGGGAUGUUGUUGACAGGGAAGCUGCAAAUGAGGUCGAUGCUGCGCCCAUCCUUAUUUCUUUGGAGAACCAUUGUGGCGCGCACGGCCAGCUUCGCCUGGUACAAAUUUUCCAAGAGGUUCUUGGUCACCGGCUCCUUAGUCAAGAGGUGCGCGACAAAGGCACACGCGAACAAAAUGACCCCACAAAGCAUGAGCAUGUCACCCUUGCUGAGUUGGGAAACAAGGUGGCAGUCAUUGUUGAGUAUCACUUACCUGAUGAACAGGAGACCAGCAGCAGCAACUCUUCCAGUUCCGGCGAUGAAGAGCAAAAGCAAGCUCAUCAGGCAUAUGUAGAACAAAAAAGGACUGCCCCGACUGGAACCAUCAUUCCCGAGCUUGCAAACCUGGGGGUAUACGCGCAGUCUGUCAAGCCUGUUAAUAACUCAUGGUUUGAAGGCGAUCUUGAAAAUGCGCCUCACCACCAGCUCAUCAACGUCUCUGAAUCUGGCCUCAAGAGUCAUCUCCCAGCCAAUAGCGCAAAGAUUGCUCGCCACAACGCCCAUCAUUUGAUGCGCGUCUACCCCAAGGGCACCAGAAUCUCCUCCAAGAACCUAGCUCCCGUCCCUUUUUGGAGCAUUGGCGCACAGAUAUGCGCGCUUAACUGGCAAACGUUUGGUGCGAGCUCGCAGAUCAACGAAGCGCUCUUUACUGGCUCUAGCGGAUAUGUCCUUAAGCCUGCUGCCCUGCGCGCGGGUGGCUCUGGAAACCUUAGCACUGGAAGGCGGAAGCAGCUCCGACUACACGUCGCGGGUGCAACAGACAUUCCUCUGCCCAAAACACGCGACCCCAACGAAAUCAAGCCUUACCUAACAUGCACGCUUGUUCACCCCAACGACCUGAACAACAUGCCUCCAAAGCGCAAGACCGCCGUCUACAAACCCCAUAAACUCACUGGGUUUAUGCACAAAGACAACCCGCCUGCCACUGAACCACUGUGGAAGGAAGUACUUGAAUGGGAGUACGAGGAUAAUGAGAUGAUCUUCUUGCGCAUGUUGAUCAAGAGUGACGACAGUUUCUCCAAAAACCCGCUUUUCGCCGUUGCAGCUGUGAGACUGAUGUACGUUGCGCCGGGGUGGGUUUUUGUGCGCAUGUUUGAUCUGGCUGGACACGAAACGGAGUGUACGAUACUCGUUAAAUUUGAGUUUCUAGACAUCUAG